AUGGUUGAAGGAUCUUCUGUAACUGAUGGUACCCCUCCUCCUCCGAACAACAAUGAAUUUCAUCCGGCUCACGCGGUCAAUAACAUUAAGAACGCAAUUCCUUUGGUUCUUGAUAUGGAAAAGGAUAUUUUCCAGGAUAACAAAAAUACAAGGGUCGUUUAUCUUGAGCAUAUGUUUAAUACAUUACAUAUUAAUAAUUUUCCCAAUGUUACUGCUUAUUGUCAAGAGUUGAAGAACAUCAGUGGCCAACUUUCUAAUGUUGAUCAAGAUGUUUCCGGACAAAAGAUGGUUCUCCGUCUUGUUGCACGUGUUACUAACACCGACUUUGACACAGUAGCUACCAUGAUCCAGCAAACGAACCCACUUCCAUCAUUUGUAGAGGCACGAUCACGUCUUAGACUCGAAGAAACAAGGAGGACUAAUGAUCAACAAGGCCAAAUUCAAGAUUUUGUGGCCCAACAAGACAAUCCCCACCCUCCUAAUCAACCACACCAACCGCGUGGUUGUGGAGGUGGUGGGCGCAGUGGAGGCCACAGUGGUGGCCGCGAUGGUGUAAGGGGUCAGGGCAGGGGUCGUGGUGGAGGUCCAACAACAAUAACAACAACAUCAACAUGGGUCGCCCCACAACAUCAGCCCAAUCCCCCUCAACAUGGGUCGCCCCACAACAUCAGCCCAACCCCCCUCAACAUGGGUUGCCCCACAACAUCAGCCCAAUCCCCCUCAACAUGGGUUGCCCCACAACAUCAGCCCAACCCCCCUCAACAUGGGUCGCCCCACAACAUCAGCCCAAUCCCCCUCAACAUGGGUCGCCCCACAACAUCAACCUAA